ACGAUGACGACAACUACUCCAGCGUCAUACCCUCGACUCUAGUCCCUCGACUUACACGAAUCGUGAUUUCUGCGAGCUAGCACCUUCUAAACUUCUGCAAAAGCAUGAAGGGCACGGGCAAGGAGAGCAAGGGUAAGGCUAGCAAGGGCAAGGAGCGCAAGAGCAAAGAGUCCAAAGGCAAUGACAGCAAGCGCAGCAGCCACCUUUCCUCAACCAACCGACCGACCGACCGGCACUCUCUCGAAAUCAUGAACGUCCUGCGCACGAUGAGGCCGGUCGCCUCCCGCUUCCAGCCUUCCACAUUGCCCCGUGUGGUCCGGCCUUUUUCGUCCAAGACCUUUGAGCACAUUCAGACCUCGGAGCCCAAGCCCGGUGUCGCACAAGUGACGCUGAACCGGCCCAAGGCCCUGAAUGCCCUCUGUACGCCUCUCAUUGUCGAGUUGAACGAGGCUCUCAGCGAGGCCAAUGCCUCUGAUAAGGUCAAUGUCAUUGUCUUGACCGGCUCAGAAAAGGCAUUCGCCGCCGGUGCUGAUAUCAAGGAGAUGGCGCCCCUCACAUUCUCCAAGGCAUACACGUCCAGCUUCAUCGAGUCUUGGUCUGACCUGACCACUCGCGUCAAGAAGCCCAUCAUCGCCGCCGUCUCUGGCCACGCUCUGGGUGGCGGCUGUGAGCUUGCCAUGAUGUGCGAUCUCAUCUACUGCACGGAGAAGGCCAACUUUGGCCAGCCCGAAAUCAAGCUCGGCACGAUCCCUGGAGCUGGCGGCAGUCAGCGGCUGACUCGGGCCAUUGGCAAGGCCAAGGCAAUGGAACUCAUUUUGACGGGCAAGUCGUUCUCGGGUGUCGACGCGGAGAAAUGGGGCCUCGCGGCCCGUGCGUUUGGCAGCUAUGACGAACUCAUGACCGUGACGCUCAAGACGGCUGAGACCAUCGCAAGCUAUUCCAAGGUCGCCGUGCAGGGGUGCAAGGAAGUCGUCAACAAGAGCCAGGAUCUCGCCCUGCGGGACGGGGUCGAAUAUGAGAGGCGGGUCUUCCACAGUAUCUUCGGCAGUCAGGACCAGAAGAUCGGCAUGAAGGCUUUCGCGGAGAAGCAGAAGCCUACUUGGACUCAUGAGUAGGUCAGUUUUAGGCUAGACAAACACGAAAAUGCAAGUCUCGGAUAGGCAGUUUGGCCUCGGCCGAGUAUUAGUCACGACUUAUAAAAGCUGUGUAAGGAACGAACGCAGAUGCGUAUCCUUUUGGGACGUGAUGAUUCCAGCAGCAUCUGACAGUCAUGCUUAGAAUGCCCUCGUGUCAGCCUCGACUGCCCAGCUGAACAGCCAGUGAGAAGAGCCAGCAUCCAGGACUCC